AUGGCGAGGCCUGAAGUUACAACACCUACAAAGAUAAGUGAGAGCACAAGAUUUUAUCCCUACUUCAAGGACUGCAUUGGAGCUAUUGAUGGAACACAUAUUUUUGCGAUGAUACCAAGAGAUGAUGUUCAUAGUUAUCGUAAUCGCAAAGGGUUUGUCUCACAAAAUGUCCUUGCUGCUUGUAACUUCGAUUUAGAAUUUAUGUAUGUUCUUAGUGGAUGGGAAGGUUCAGCUCAUGAUUCAAAAAUUUUAAGCAAUGCACUGACAAGGAACACUAGCAGAUUACAUGUUCCAGAAGUGAUGGAGACAAGCAAUGAACAAGUUAAUUUUGAAGAAACUGGAAAUUUCGGUGUUCUUGAAUCUCAACAAAGAGAAUACGCUAAUAAUUGGAGAGAUACAAUAGCAUCUAAUAUGUGGGCAGAUGCACUAGGAGCUGGAAGUCAACGAUGA